CGUAUUAUGUGGUUAAGUGUUGAUUUAAUAUUUGCUCUUGUGUGAACUAUUAAUUGUUGUAUCGAGUUAGUGUUUUAAAAAUGAUUUAUUUACUUUUCAAAUUUCGACGAAUAAGAAAUAUCUCCAAUUUGAAUUUAUAAGAAAUACAAAACCAUUCUUAAAAAUCAUUUUUAUCGUUUCAUAAUUAGAAUAAUUAUUUUUAGGAAUUUACAAAAUUGUCAAAAUAUUAUUUUGAUAAAAAUCUGAUUUUAAAAUAUUUUCCAAGUCCAUUUAACUUCUAAAUCGCUUAUAAAUUUCAAUAAUGCUCCAUAAAUCCUGAGACUUUUAUUUUAUUCGUUUUAUAAUAUUCCGGGAUUUAUAAAAAUAUUUCAGUAACUUUUCGAAGAUAUUUUGUUACAAGUUAUUCCGAUAAUCGAUUAAAAGCAGGCUUAGAUUAGUGAUUAUUCAGCAUAAACGAGACACGUGGCAAGCCAGAGCUGCAGCACGUGCCCUGUACCACCGCCAUUCUUUUCUUUUAAUUCCAGUUCUCCCCUUUCCCUUUUAUUUCCACGUUAAUCUCUCCUCACCCCCUCUGCUAAUCUCUCACACUCUCUCCCGUACAUAUCUCCUCCAUUCCUCUUCCACCUUUGUUCCCCGUUCUUUUCUUUUCCCCCGAAACCCGCCGCCGCCGCUGUUCAAACUCCGGCCAGUCGCCGGCACCACCACUGUGUUGUUUCUUCUGAUUAAUUCACCCGCGAUUCUUCGAGUUCCUAGGCAAUCCAGACGCAGGCUUGCUGUUUUCGGACGAAUCCAGCCCUGUUCUUCAGCCUCCAAUGUUGUGUUAGCGCGAAAAUGUCAUCUGAAAGAUCACCACCGAGCAAUCCUGGAAAUCAGGGUACUUCAAACCAACCAACUAUGGAUCAGAUACUACAGUUGCUACAGCAACAAGCGACAAAUAUGGUUCAGCAGCAACAACAAUAUAUGCAGCAAAAUCAACAGCCGCAUCAAAAUCGUCAAGUAGAGGCACCGAUGUCGACGUUUAAGUCAUUUCAAGCAAUUAAGCCCCCAGACUUUGAUGGAUCAAGAGGACCUAUUGAAGCAAGGUCUUGGUUGAAGGAAAUUGAGAAAGCUUUCAAAUUAGCAAAAGUAAGUGAGGAUCAGAAGACUGAUUAUGCUAGUUACUUUCUGAAAAAUGAAGCUAAUUAUUGGUGGGAAUCGGUAAGAGCUCUAGAAGGAGAUGAUGUGAUCUUGUGGGAUAGGUUUGUUGAACUGUUCUUAGAGCAAUAUUUUCCGGAGCAUGUACAAAGCCAACUAGAGUUGGACUUCUUGGAGUUAAAACAAGGAGAUAAGAGUGUAGCGGAGUAUGAGAAGAAGUUUAUGGAGUUGGCAAGGUUUGUCACAGCCUACGUGGAUACUGAUUUGAAGAAAGCUAAAAGAUUCCAACAAGGGCUAAGAUCGGAUAUUAGAAUUAGUGUGGCAGCUUUAAGAUUGAAGACUUAUGCUGAUGUGGUUCAAACAGCAAUGGUGAUAGAAAGAGAGCACACUUUAGAUAAAAAGGAGCAAGAGAGUAAGAAAAGGAAGGUGGAAGCAAUUGAAGGAAGUCAAGGCCAAGGAAGUUCUCAACAAGGAUUCCAGAAGAGGCAGAAUUUCCAACAAAAUAGGAAUCAAGCAUUUAAGAACCCGGGGCAGAAUGUUAAUAGGCAGUUUAAUAGGCCCCCGAAUCAGAAUCAACAAGGUGUAGUGAAACCUCCAACACCAGACUGCAAGAAUUGUGGGAAGAAGCACUCAGGAAUGUGUGGAAAAUUGAACAUAGUAUGUUUUAAAUGUAAUAAGAGGGGUCAUUACGCUAAUGAGUGUAGAAGUCAAGGGGCAAUGAGGUGUGACAAUUGUGGGAAAACUGGGCAUUAUACCUAUAAUUGCAAGAACCCGGCACUGGCAAGCGCAAUGGUACGUGUGCAAGGAUCAACAUCAGGGAAGAGGCCUAAUGCCAGGACUUUUAACAUGACAAAGAAGACUUCGUCUAAGGAUACAGAUGUGGUAGCAGGUACGCUUUCUGUUAAUUCCGUAGCUGCUAAAGUUUUAAUGGACUCAGGAGCAUCGAAAUCUUUUAUAUCCGUGGAGUUAGUUGAUAAAUUAAAUUGUAAGAUAAAUGAUUUAGAGGAGGCGUUGAUAAUAGAAAUUGCAAAUCGUGAUAGAAUACCAGUUAAUCAAGUCUGCCCUCAAUGUAAGAUUGAGGUAUCAGGAAAUUGUUUCAUGGCUGAUUUAAUACCCUUUAGGUUAGGAGAGUUUGAUGUCAUACUAGGAAUGGACUGGUUAUCUCAAUAUAAAGCUAAGAUAGAUUGUAAGGGUAAGAAGGUAGUAUUGUUCACUCCAGAGGGAAGUAAGGUAAUUUUAAAGGACAAAGGCAAGAAAAGAAGUUUUUAA